AUGAAGUCUAAAUAAGUGAUACCCAAGGGGAAACAUGCUUUUGAUUGUAAUGGAUAAACCUUUAUUGUUGAUGAUAAAUAUCAAUUUAUAAAGUAAAUUGGGCAUGGAGCUUAUGGAGUAGUGUGUUCAGCUUUAAAUAAAAAGAGUCAAUAAUUGGUGGCAAUCAAAAAAAUAUCAGAUGCUUUUUCAGAUCUAAUUGAUGCUAAAAGAAUAGUGCGUGAAAUUAAAUUAUUAAGUAUUAAGCAUAUAAAUAUGAUUGAAUAGAAUUUUUUGAUCAUGAGAAUAUCGUUUCAUUACUUGAUUUACAAAGACCAGAACAUCCACAAAAUUAUAAAGACAUAUAUAUAAUUACUGAUCUUAUGGAAACAGAUCUACAUAGAGUUAUUUAUUCAAAACAAGAAUUAACAGAUGAACACAUUUAAUAUUUUCUUUAUUAAGCCUUAAGAGGAUUAUUGUAUAUUCACUCUGCCAACAUUAUCCAUAGAGAUCUUAAACCAAGCAAUCUAUUAUUAAAUAAGAAUUGUGAUUUGAAAAUUUGUGAUUUUGGCUUAGCUCGUGGUUAUGAAGAUGAGAGUGAAUUUAAAACUGAGUAUCAAUGAUGGAUUUAUUUAGAUAUGUAGUUACUCGAUGGUAUAGAGCACCUGAAGUUAUAUUGAAUGCUUCUGAAUAUAAUAAAUCAGUUGAUAUUUAUGCUUUGGGUUGCAUUAUGGCAGAAUUAUUAGGUAGACAACCACUCUUUCCUGGUGAAGAUUAUUUAGAUUAAGUAUAAAGAAUAAUCUAAGUAUUGGGUACUCCUACCAAUGAAGAUGUUAGAUUCAUUGGAAAUAAGAAUGCACUUACUUAUUUGAAGAGUUUGCCAAAGAAACCAAAAUAAUAAUGGAAAAACUUAUAUCCUCAUGCUUAACCAUUGGCUUUGGAUUUAUUAGAUAAAAUGGUUACUUUCAAUCCAGAUAAGCGUUUGACAGUUUAGGAAUGUCUAGCACAUCCAUAUUUUGAAGGAUUACAUAAUCCAGAAGAAGAACCUAUUUGCGAAUGUACAUUUGAUUGGGGAUGGGAUAGUUUCAAACCUACCGAAGCUAUACUAAAGUAAAUGGUAUAUGAGGAAUCAUUGUCAUUUCAUCCACUUAAGUGAU